CAAUAUUUUAAUAGAAUAUUUAAAUGCCAGACGCCGAGUAAGUAGACUUGCAUUUCUAGCAUUCCAGACAGUUGUAGUGGUAUGUGGGGACGAAAUGGGACCCAAGUAAAGUGGUCGGCUCUGGCUUGCACCCAAAUAUCGCACAUUUGUAUGUGUAUAUUAACCAAUAACAUACAUAUUUUAUUUUAGGUUUGUUAAAAACUUUCGAGUCAGCAAAGAAGUAUUUGGGACACAUUUUCAGCGAAGUGAGCAUCCAUAUAAAAUACACCUACCGCAAUACUCAUUUGCCACCACAACUGAAACUGUCCACAUUUCUACGCUUUUUUGCAACUGGAAGCUAUCAAAAGUCGGUGGGUAACGAAAGUGUCUCAGUAAUGGGUCAGCCGACAGUUGCAAAAGUAAAACGGAAUGCUUGAACAUUUUUGAGGAGCAUUUUUGCCACAAAUGGGUAAGCAUGUCAGGAACGAGGAAAAAGAAAACGACGUGAAAGAGCAAUUCUUCAACAAAUGUGGAAUACCUGGCAUAGUUGGCUGUGUGGACGGGACUCUUGUGCGUAUAAAAGCACCCAAUGCAAAUUGCAGAUAUCUUUACUACAAUAGAAAGGGGUUUUAUAGCAUCAAUGUAAUGGCAAUAUGAGACGGCGAUAUGGUAAUUACAUUUGUUGACGCAGCACAUCCUGGUGCUAACCAUGAUUCCUUCAUUUGGAAAAUUGAAUUAUCUAUUUUAGCGGCUCACA